AUGCGUAAAGUCAGAAGCGCGAGUAAACAUAUAAAGUUCAAGAAUUAUAUUGACUAUGAUAUGUUAUUACAAAUUGCCAAAAAUUUGACCCGAGAAAACCAGGAAAUUGCACAUGUUGUGCAUUUAAGCCCCCGUACUGUCAACAAUCGAAGUAUCCUAGCUCUAGAACUUCGUAGUGACAAACAAAGUAGAAAACCUGGAAUUCUUAUCGUUGGAGCACUCAACGGAAUGACAUGGGGUGCGCCGAAUGCGAUUAUGGAAUUAUCAGACAAAUUGUUAUAUGACACAAAUUAUCAAACACCUUUUUUCAAUGAUUACGAUUGGUAUAUGAUACCAUUAGCAAAUCCAGACGGUCAUUAUUUUACGCAAAAUAUACAUUCCCGAAAACCGUUGGAUGUUGAAAUAUGGUGCCGGAAUACUACGGCACAGAUCGACACGCGACCCUCCUUAUGGUACAAAAACGUUGACAAAGAUUACCAUAAUGAAACAUGCUUUGGUACAAAUAUUAACCGUAAUUUCGCUUACCAUUGGCAGGAUGACGUACAUAAGACCCCUACGCGAUGCUCCCAAUAUUAUCCAGGGAAGAAACCAUUUUCUACGGCAGAAGCUCAAGCUUUACGUUCAUAUAUUCAUGAACUUGGUGAUAGCAUACAAUUGGCCAUCCAUUUACACGCCAGUUUUGUACCAAAAAAGGAAUUCAUUUUAUAUCCUUGGCGUUAUUCACUACGGCAGCCCAGCAGCUAUAAUACCUUACAAGCUAUCGGCGAAUAUGCCGCAAGAAAAUCGCGACUACCGGACGGACGUCUGUACGAGGUGCACCAAGGUAGUAACGAUGCACGUGUGGCGGGCACAUUAAGCGACUACAUAUCUGGUGUAGUAGGCACUGAAUUGGUUUAUGUUGUCAAACCCUACCACGAACAGUAUCCUAACUACACGGAUAAAGAAACUCUCGACACUUACGUUACUAAAUCGAUAUCAACAAUACUCAGUUUAGUGAGAGGCUGGCGUAAGAGUACAAAGCAAAACACCCUUACAUUUUUUGGACGGGACGUUGAAUUUUAA